AUGGCAACCAACACCCUCCAAUCUAAACUUCGCGCUCUCCCUGUACUGCAGGGAUCGUCCCAUCCCAAAAUGAGCUUUGACUCAUUCCCCAAAACCCCGCAGCAAGCCUUCGAAGCAUGGCUCGACGAAGCCAUAGCCCAUGAAGUCCCAGAGCCACACGCUGUCACACUCUCAACGACUGAUCACGAAGGCCGGCCUGACGCGCGCGUCCUUAUUCUGAAGAAUAUUGACGAUCGUGGAUGGCACUUUGCUUUCAAGGCCGAGAGUCCCAAGGGACGACAAAUCUCGGCCAAUAACAACGUGGCUCUUACUUUCUACUGGCCUCAGCUGGGGCGUCAAAUCCGUCUGCGCGGGAAAGCCAAGUCUUUGCCUCGAGACGAAUGCGACAAAGACUUCGCGGCUCGGUCUAUCAAAGCCAAGGUGACUGCAAUGAUUUCGAAGCAAAGCCAACCAUUGGAUGAUCCUGAAUUGGUGGAAAAGCGUCUGGAAGAGUCUUUGCUAGUGCAGGAGAAUGGAGAGGAGGGAAUAAGCUCAGAGGGAUGGGUGGUAUAUGCAGUUCAGCCCGACAUGGUUGAGUUUUGGCAAGCUUCUAGCGCUCGUCUCCACCAACGAACCAAAUAUUUAUGGGAUCAGGCAAUUGCCCGUUGGACCAAGACGGCUCUAUGGCCAUAG